AUGGGCCAUUCGAAGCAACACGACAAAGGCUCGCCGGCGCCGCCGUCCGAACCGCCACACCUGACGCAACAACACGAAGACCCUGCCUCACUUGGCCACCUGCGAGCUGCGUCGUCUGCUUCGUCAUCUCGGGAUACACAAACUGCGGAGACCUCGUCAGUGCCAGACGAACGAGCGAGCAGCGUUGGCGGGCAUGGCGCAUUUUCACCAUGGAGUGCAGGAUCUGAGAGGCAACUGGGGCAUCAUUCUGCUGCUUCAGAUAUAUCGGGAGAUCGUGUCUUUCCGAUCCGCUCUGUUAUUAGUGUCGAACCAACGCCCAGACAGUCGAUUAUGGACGAAAACUUGAACCAAUCAUCUGAUGCUGACAGUCGUCGCAUUUCUGGCCAUUGGACAUCCUAUCGAGGUGACUCGUCAAGCGACACAAGAAGACUAGAAUUUGCACCCAUGUCGCCCACAGCGGGACAACCCAGCGGCUCUUGCGCGGAUUUGCGCAGGAAGAGAGCCAUGAGCGGGCCCGUGUCGAGUAUACACGCUGACGCUGUGCGCCAGGGCUCUGUGGCGCCAUUGCAGCUUGAAAUUUCCGCGUCAGACCACGGUAGCCAGGAAUCCGGACCUUUGGGUGUUGGUGAUGUCGCUGCUGGGCCUGACAGUGCCUCGAUUACAUCUGGCAACCAGUCACUGGGCGAGGUGCCUCAUAUCACGACGCGCUUCACCCACGUCGAGACGGAUGAGGGACAUGCUAUUAUAACUGGACGCGAUGGGAUAUUGCAACAAUGCGAAGACGAGCCAAUCCAUACCCCCGGUGCAGUGCAAGGUUUUGGGGUUCUUCUAGCCCUUCGGGAAGAUGGUAGUGGCGGCUUCUCGGUACGAUAUGCCAGCGAAAACUCGGGCAAAAUUAUCGGAUAUACGCCAAAGCAGUUAUUCCGUCUUAAAAGCUUCUUGGAUAUCUUGACUGAAGAACAACAAGAUAAUUUGCUCGACCACAUAGACUUCAUCCGUGAUGAAGAUGCUGAUCCUGCCAUCAAUGGACCAGAGGUUCUCAGUCUCUCCAUCAAACCACCAAAAACGGGCAAAAGCAUCAAAUUAUGGUGUGCUAUCCACAUCAACAAUGCCCAUCCCGAUUUAGUCAUUUGCGAAUUCGAACUAGAUGAUGACCGGGAAUACCCGCUUCGUCCUGCAGACGAACUUACCCCCGAUACACCCCACGAUACCCUUCAUUCAAACCCCACACUAGAAGAGAUAGAAGAAAGCACAGAGAUACUCAGCAAACCGUUACGAAUUCUGCGGAGUGCAAGAAAGCGCCGAGGAGAGCAGGGGGCAAUGCAAGUAUUUGACAUCAUGUCCCAGGUGCAAGAGCAGCUGGCAUCUGCUCCUAAUCUGGACACAUUCCUCAAGAUUCUUGUGGGCAUCGUAAAGGAGCUGACUGGUUUCCAUCGUGUCAUGAUAUACCAAUUUGAUGCAUCGUUCAACGGGAAGGUUGUCACGGAACUGGUCGAUACGUCUCAAACCGUCGAUCUUUACAAGGGUUUGCAUUUUCCAGCUUCGGACAUUCCACGACAGGCACGAGAACUGUACAAGAUUAACAAAGUUCGCCUUCUAUACGACCGGGAUCUCGAUACAGCACGAAUGGUGUGCCGAACGAAAGAAGACUUAGACGUUCCUCUUGACAUGACUCACGCAUAUCUUCGUGCCAUGUCUCCUAUUCAUCUCAAGUAUUUGGCUAAUAUGGCGGUGCGGUCGUCAAUGUCUAUUUCUAUAAACGCGUUCAACGAGCUUUGGGGGCUGAUCUCUUGCCAUGCCUAUGGCAACCAUGGAAUGCGUGUGUCUUUCCCAAUUCGCAAAAUGUGUCGCCUGGUUGGAGACACUGCGUCUAGGAAUAUUGAGAGGUUGUCCUAUGCAUCGAGGCUUCAGGCAAGAAAACUCAUCAACACAGCUCCUACUGAUAAGAACCCAUCGGGGUAUAUUAUCGCGUCAUCAGACGACUUGUUGAAGCUAUUUGAUGCUGAUUUUGGUCUUCUAUCAAUACAAGGCGAAACCAAGAUGUUGGGUACAAUAGAGCAUAGCCAAGAGGCCUUGGCAAUGCUGGAGUAUCUUCGAAUGAGGAAGCUUACGGCAGUUGCAUCAUCGCAAGACGUGCGAGAGGACUUUCCAGAUUUGAAGUACCCUCCCGGAUUCCAGGUUAUUGCUGGGCUUCUGUAUGUUCCGCUAAGUGUGGGCGGUAAUGACUUCAUUGUUUUCUUUCGCCGUGGCCAAAUCAAGGAAGUGAAAUGGGCCGGCAAUCCAUACGAGAAAGUUGUUCGAGAUGGUACUGUGGGCUAUCUUGAACCCAGAAAAAGCUUCAAGAUUUGGAAUGAAACCGUUCUCGGAAAGUGCCGUGAAUGGAACGAAGAGCAAGUAGAAACAGCAGCUGUACUCUGCCUGGUUUAUGGUAAAUUUAUAGAAGUUUGGCGGCAAAAGGAGGCAGCACUCGAAAAUAGCAAGCUUACAAGGCUCCUUUUGGCCAACUCUGCCCACGAAGUGCGAACGCCGCUCAAUGCCAUCAUCAACUAUCUCGAAAUUGCACUUGAGGGCUCAUUGGACCACGAAACUCGCGAGAAUCUGGCUCGUUCUCACUCAGCCUCCAAGUCCCUGAUUUAUGUGAUAAACGAUUUACUCGACCUCACAAAGGCCGAGGAAGGCCAAAGCUUGAUCAAAGAUGAAGUAUUUGACCUGAGUGCGUGCAUAGAAGAAGCAACCGAACCAUUUCACGUGGAUGCAAAACGAAAAGGCAUCGAUUACCAGGUCACAAAGGAUCCUGGACUCCCUCAAUUCGUCCACGGCGAUAGCCGAAGAGUCCGGCAGGCACUAUCAAACAUCACCGCAAACGCUGUUGCACAUACCCACCAAGGAUCAGUCACUGUUGAGAUGUUUGUUUCCGAAAUUCGGGAUGGGAUGGCCUUGGUCGAUUUUGUUGUGGCCGACUCAGGCAUCGGCAUGAACCCAAGGCAGUUGGAUGCUCUUUUCCGAGACUUAGAGCAGGUCAGCAGCGAAGAACUCGAAUCGCCGUCUCCCGAGCCUGUUGAUAAGCAGCGUGAGACGAGAACCUUGGGCCUGGGUCUUGCCGUAGUUGCUCGAAUUGUUAGAAACAUGGAUGGCCAGCUUAGAUUGAAGUCCGAGGAGGGUCAAGGGUCCAGAUUUGUUGUCCAAUUGCCCUUUCAUCUCCCAGAUGAUAGUCUAAGCCCAGAGUCCGGUGGACAUUCUCAAGACAGUUCAUCUGCAACUCACACUGGCAAAGUGAUUGCUUCAGCAUCACCGAAUCUCAAGGCUACACCGGCCGGAGAGAUUAUGCUCAUAGAGCGUGGAAGUCAUAGCAACAUGGCAGCUGACAUGGAUAAAAGGUCGACUGGAACGGGCAGUGCGGGCAGCCGCCGUAGCGUGGAGAGCCUUGUAAGCCACGGUAGCCAGAAGAGCGAUGCCGAACGUCUUAUCGACGCCAUCCAGACACCCCUUUCUCUUAACGAAAACCAAACCGGAUACUUUGCUCAUGGUCAGAGUUCCAAAGGCAAUAACAUCCAGCCCGCAUCUCUUACCAGUACCGGAACUGUUCGACCCCCCAGCCCCGGGCCCCAUAAGCAAGAUGCGCCUUUCCACCCCCAUCCGCGACAUGAGCCGGGUACCGCCGAGAUUCGAGACUCAAAAACUCGUGUCAAAGCCGUAAAGAUGCCUGAUGAGUUUGUGGACCUGCCACCCCGGAUUCCCAAGGGAGACAGUUCCGGCGUUUUGCUCCAACUUCCCAGUCAGAAGCCACAACAGUCGGCUACUGUGGACAAGGGAGCAUCGUCAAACAAAGAGCCUUCGCUCAACAUACUAGUGGCAGAAGACGACCCAAUCAAUAUGAAAAUUCUUCAAAAAAGAUUAGAAAGAGUUGGGCACACCGUACAGCAUACCGUUAAUGGCGAGGAUUGCGCAAUGGUUUACAAGGACAAGUCCCCUGACUUCGAUGUCAUUCUUAUGGAUAUGCAGAUGCCCAUUGUGGAUGGUUUAACUAGCACAAAAAUGGUUCGGUCUACCGAGCAAUCCAGCGAACACAAGGGCCACUCGGCAAUGGCAGACGCCAACCGAAGAAUACCGAUUUUCGCUGUCUCUGCAUCUCUUGUCGAAGGAAACAGGCAGGUGUACGUGGACGCUGGGUUUGAUGGAUGGAUUCUGAAGCCCAUUGAUUUCAAAAGGCUCAGCACCCUCUUGGCUGGCAUUCAUGAAAGCGAAACGAGGAAUGCUUGCCUAUAUCUCCCUGGAGAGUGGGAACGAGGCGGCUGGUUUUCCUCCGUAGAAGGGAACGGCAGUGAGGACACACCAUGCUCACAGACAACGCCGACCGCUGAUCCGGAAAGUCAUCAGUUAGAAGGAAGUGUGAAGACGGAAUCAUGA